CGGAGCCCACGAGAUUUCUAAUCGAUCCGGCGAGCUCAGAGCCAUCACCAUGUCUGCGGCACAACUUCUCAACCCAAAGGCCGAGUCCCGAAGGAGGGGUGAAGCUCUGAGGGUCAACAUCAGCGCUGGCGAGGGCCUGCAGGAUGUGCUCAAGUCCAACCUCGGACCGCGAGGCACGAUCAAAAUGCUUGUCGACGGCGCCGGCCAGAUCAAGCUUACCAAGGAUGGAAACGUCCUGCUGCGAGAAAUGCAAAUCCAAAACCCGACCGCCGUCAUGAUUGCUCGAGCCGCGACUGCUCAGGACGACAUCUGCGGCGAUGGCACAACAUCCGUCGUGCUGCUGGUGGGAGAGCUGUUGAAGCAGGCAGACCGAUAUAUCUCGGAGGGACUCCACCCUCGCAUCAUCACCGACGGCUUCGAGAUUGCCAAGGCUGAGGCUCUCAAGUUCCUCGACUCCUUCAAGCUAGCCAAGGAGGUCGACCGCGAACUGCUGCUAAACGUUGCCCGAACAUCCCUUGCCACGAAGCUGAACGCGACACUAGCAGCCAAGCUCACCCCCGAUAUCGUCGAUGCCGUGCUGGCCAUCUACCAGGCCCCUGCCAAGCCCGACCUGCACAUGGUGGAGAUUAUGAAGAUGCAGCACCGCACUGCCUCAGACACGCAGCUCAUCCGAGGAUUGGCGUUGGACCACGGUGCCAGACACCCCGACAUGCCCAAGAGACUGGAGAACUGCUACAUCCUGACAAUGAACGUCAGCUUGGAGUAUGAGAAGACUGAGAUCAACUCUGGUUUCUUCUACUCAAGCGCAGAGCAGCGAGACAAGCUUGUCGAGAGUGAGCGUCGCUUCAUCGAUGCCAAGCUCAAGAAGAUUGUCGAGCUGAAGAAGCAGGUGUGCGGUGAUGACGGAAAGAAGAGCUUUGUCAUCAUCAACCAGAAGGGCAUUGACCCCCUUUCUCUAGACGUCCUGGCCAAGAACGGUAUCCUGGCUCUGCGAAGAGCAAAGAGAAGGAACAUGGAGCGUCUUCAGCUCAUCUGCGGCGGCGUUGCUCAGAACAGCGUUGACGACCUAACGCCCGAUAUCCUCGGCUGGGCUGGUCUCGUCUACGAGCAGACUCUGGGUGAGGAAAAGUACACCUUUGUCGAGGAGGUCAAGGACCCCAAGUCUGUCACCGUCUUGAUCAAGGGACCCAACGCGCACACCAUUGCCCAGGUUACGGAUGCUGUCAGAGAUGGAUUAAGAAGCGUCUACAACAUGAUUGUUGACAAGAGCGUUGUUCCAGGCGCCGGUGCCUUCCAGGUUGCCUGUGCUGCCCACCUCAAGAGCGAUGCCUUUUCGAAGACGGUCAAGGGCAAGGCCAAGUGGGGUGUGGAGGCUUUUGCCGAUGCUCUUCUCAUUAUCCCCAAGACCCUUGCUGCCAACGCUGGACACGAUGUCCAGGAUGCCCUUGCUGCCCUACAAGACGAGUAUGCCGAAGGCCAGACCGUUGGCUUGAACUUGGAGACUGGAGAGCCGAUGGAUCCCGAACUGGAGGGUGUAUUCGACUCCUUUAGAGUCCUGAGAAAUUGCAUUGCGUCAAGCUCAGGCAUUGCAUCCAACCUGUUGCUCUGCGACGAGCUGCUCAAGGCUCGACAGAUGGGCAGAGCUGCUGGCCCGGGCCCGGGAAUGGACGGCCCUGAGGAUCACAUGUAAUGAAUGAAUCUAUUGUUUAGACUUGUGGUAGACAAAAAUCAUCCCGGAACAGGUUCAAAAAUAUCCAGGCACUGUCAUUUAUCUAAUACUGCAUUUUUAAUACAGCCACGUGCUGUGACU